AUGCGGGAUCAUUUCCGUACCGUCAAGAAGAACAUCGACGCCAACAUCAUCCAUCACAGCGGCGGCGUGGCGGCACCUAGGGGAGGCAGUGGAAAGUUCCCCUACAGCAGCCCCCUCAUUCUCCCGAAGUGUGCUACGAUGCAGAACACCUCAGGAUUGCCGAAACUUUCUCCGUUCCUUCUGAAGCCACUGUUCGCGUGGAUACCCGAGUAUUUGUUCCCGGAGCUAGCGCUGGCGUCGGGGCACAAGUUCUACCGUUGUGUCCGCGGCAAGAACAGCGCCGAGGGCUACCAUCGGUAUCUCCGCACACUAUUCGCCAAUUUCUGCGCAUCUCCGUGGGUGUGCCACUCGGUGUUGAUGGAGUUCAACUAUCGGUGGAACAUCAGCAGGGCUGUUGACAACCGUGGGAUGGUCGCAGAGAUCGGGGGGUUCAGCCACCAAUAUUUGAUUGAUCAAAUCCAGCGCGUCACCGCAUCGUGGUACCCGGGACAACCGCUUUACCCGGAGUGGCUCGCGCCGGUGGACUUCGAGGACAGCGGCGAAAGGGCGGGUUUCGGUAGCUUUCGUCUUCGCUGA